UCCACGCCUUUGGCUGUGAAGGCCAAGAGAUUGAAAUGAAUGUCUUCCAAAAAAAGAAAAACCAAUCUCAUUCCAUAAUCCAAUAAAUUUCUGAUUUAGAAUUUCAGGUGUGAGUUGAUCUUUUACAGCUCAAGAUGGAUACGCACUUUGGCUAUGAGCCAUCUUCAGCUGCUGCAUCGGUCUAUUCAUGUAGACCAGAAUCCGAGUUCUUCAAAACCAUGUCCAGAAGGACUUCUUCGGUUGCAGACACAUUUCAGGAACUAGAAAGUGUCGGAGAGGUUGUUACAAGAUACGAGUUGGAUAUGGCAUGCGUUUGUGAGAAGUUGGCCAACUUGAACUUACUCUUGAUGCAUAUGGAAACGAUAGAGGACGGAUUCGAGGCCUUUGUAUCCGAUACGAAUCCGAAUAUGAGUGAUCUGGAAGUCAAAGCGCUGGAGUUUGACUUUUUGUCCGGGUUCCUGAACUCUGAGGUGCAAGUGUUGGAGGCGAACAUAUCAGAUUUUCUGAGGGAUAAAAGUAAUAUGCAGGAGUUUAUAUCUUCAAGCAAGUUGUUGGGAGAUGCCUCAAUGGAACAGGAAGAUAUGUUGCGCGAUUCGGAAAAGUCAUUGCAGCAUUCUAUGGAUCAGCUUUUGGAAUUGAAAGCGCGCGCUGCAAUGUUUGAGAAGAACGUUUCAAGAUUUUACGGAGGAGAAACUCGCAAGGAAAACGAUUCUGAGGCGGCAGGCAACAACGAGCUUCCUGAACUGAAAGACAAGAUGAACUUGCAUACUAUGGAACAUCAGAGACAUAUUUUAAGGAUGCUUGAGAAAUCAUUGGAAAGAGAGAUAGAGUUCGAGAAGAGGCUGUCCGAGUCAACUCAAAUCGAAGAAGCGCUGACCCUGAGGCUGCAUGCUUCCGAGCAAGAAGUUAUUUUAGCCGAAGAAGAAACUACGGUCACAUUGGAAAAGCUGUAUGACGCUGAUCACUCAUCCGAGAUCCUAAUGGGAAUCUCGAAAGACUUGUUGGGUAAGAUGAAGACGUUACAAACGGAUCUUAAAAAACCGGCCUCUAAAGAUCAAGAAACUCAGAAAGCAAAUAUGGAAAAGGAUAACAUGAUCAAAGAUUUGAAACAACGACUUGCAGAGGCAGAAUACAGGGCUGCGAACGCUGAGUCUAAGAUCAAGUUGCUAACGAAAACUAGUAACGAGCUCAAAAGUUCAUCGGAGAAGGUGGUAAUGCUUGAGAGAAAGCUUAGGGAUGCUAAAACAAAGCUAAAAAAUAACAAAUCCCGGACAAACAGUUUUGAAAACCUCGAGUCGAUGGUGGUGAUGAUGAUCAGCGUGCCAUACGUGGAAGAAACUGUGGCCGAUGAUUAUUACGCAAUCCCCAGAUUUCUUUGAAAAAUUUAGCUUUAACUUUCAAGCUAUAUGUAUAUAUGAAUGUAAUGAUCAUGAUCUAAAACCUUCACAUUUUCUUGAAACUUAGGCAGAUUUUUCAAGAUUA